UGUCAACUACAUAACAAACACCUUGAUAGUUAAAUUUAUCACUAUCUCCUCUAGCUUUUCCAGUUACGCUUCAUCUCUGAUUCGUCAAUCAAUUGGACUUAUCUACCUACUACAUCAGCCACCAUGCCCAGCUAUACAGGAAAAUGCGUUUGUGGCAACCUCCGAUACAGCGUCUCACUAAGCUCACCCGAUGACGCACGAACAUCACUAUGCCACUGUGGAAGUUGCAAAAGAGCAUUUGGGACUAACUUCGGUCUUACCACGAAGGUCGCACUUGAUGGUUUCACCUACAACCAAGGCAAACCCAAGAUUUUCAAGCAGGAGAAUGGUGUAGUUCGAGAGUUUUGUGACAAUUGCGGCGCUUUCAUCUGUGAAUAUGGUGAACUAGCUGCGGACAAGUUUCGAUACAUUAUGUGGGGAACCUUCGAUGAGCCCGACAAGUUCCCUCCCAAGGGAGAGUUCUUCUGCAAGUAUAGAGAGAGCUGGAUGCCAGAAGUACCAGAUAUCUUUCACAAGAAUGAGAUCAAGGAGUAAACUACUUCGUUAGAAUCGUCUGUCGGGAUGCACUAGGAGAGGAGUUUCAAGAACGAGAUAGAACUGUGCUUUAGCUCUCUAUGUCCUGUGAUGUCUCAGACUAUCUUAAUCUUUUCCCAAGUAACUUCA